AAAAUAUGAAGCUGCUGCUCAGUGCUCUAUUGAUCGCUCUGGCCCUAAGCGGAGUCUUGACUUUGCCAGCGCGCAACAAUCCGCAGGACGAUGCCGAGGUGAUUAAAGUGCCCUCUCGCCCUCAGUCCUCCUCCGCCGCUGGCGAGCCGGAUUUCCAUAACUUUGGCGGUGUCAUCGAUACGGGCGCUGGAUAUCCCUUCCUUCAGUCAAAUCCGACGAGCUUCAACACGGGCUUCUUCGACUCCUUCGAUGACCUUUUCCGUCGUCUGCGCACUCGUCUUUGGCCUGUUAUUGCCACCGAUUCGAGUGAGGAUGGAGCGGGUGCUGGUGCCGGUGCGGAUGAUUCAGGCGAUGGCAUUGGAUCUGGCUUCUCCUUCGGUCUGCGGCCCUUGACUCCCCUGAACCCCAAGAAUGGCAAUACAACCUCAACGGUUAAGGUUGUUGAUGGCCACAAGGUGGAGAUAAAUGAGACGGUGUACGGCGACACCAACAGCCUGUUCAAGGUCCGUGUGGUGAAUGUGCGUCCCCUGGACAGCGGCGAGGAGGUGGCCGAGGGUGUCCUCACCAGCCAGGGAGAUUUCCAGCCUGCCGCGGCACCAGCCACUUCGGCCCCGGCCAUCUUGCCCACCAGGCGGGGCGAGUUCGAUAAUUCGGACGAUGACGAUAACAGCCGCCGCGAGCCCCUGGAGAAGCAGCCCAAGGACAACGAAGUGCGCGAUAUCGACGAACCUCAGUCCACAACAACAACAACACCAAGAUAUACAACAACAAAACUUGCCACCAGCUCGCCCGCAGACUCUGUAGCAGAAGGUACGGAUUUGGAAAUCAAUAAGGAAAUCAUGGCCAAUUUAGACACGGAAAGUAGUAUGUUUGCCGCUGUAGAGGCCAAGGGAGAAGCGGAAGAGCUGUUCGACAGCCAGAAACAGGAACAGGAGGACUUUGAAGCUGUGGAGAAACUCGCCGAAGACUCUGCACUGUUUGAGGAUGCGGACUUGGCCCAUCGUCUGGCCCAGCUGCAGCACAGGGAGCGCGAAGAGCUGGAGUCUUCCGAUGAUGAGGACGGUGAAGCAAUCGCACCAGUCGAAAUGAGUGAAACCUUCAAUGAAGAGUGGGAAACACUGGACCAGGAUCAGGAACAUGACCAGAACGAGGUGGCGGACGAUCAGGACCGUGACCUGGACCAGGAAGCAGAUGCCGGCAACAAUUUGGACAACCACAUUGACAUCUACGAGAGUUCGUUGCCCAUCGACCUGUCCCACGACAUCGCCGUCAACGAUUUUGCUGCCGCGAAUCCAGACUUCCCAGUCAAUCCCGAUGCCGAACUGAUUUCGGGACCGUCAGUGAUCAAAGCAAUGCCAAUGUUCGAGAAACUGUCAAUGGGGCCGCCGAGAAAGUGAAUUUUGGCAAGCCCCACUCUAGUCUAGACAUUGUACGAGUAUUUAGUCUUAAGAUUCUAGUUGUAGGCACCAGCAUUCAUCGAGGAUGUCUCUGAGAAAUCCAAAGAUGAUGGCAUCCCCUCUAUUAUUUAUCAUUAUAAUUUAAUCGUAUUUAUUUCGACAGCGUGCGAGUAUUAAAUGUGCCAAAUGUGCAUCCAAAAUUAA